AUGCUCGUCGCUGGAUUUUGUAAGAGGCCUGGUGCAGCGGCAGCCGCUGCUGCUCAUGCCCAAGGGCGUGCGGAUGGUGACCUGUGGGCAGGUGAGGGAGAGUGUUUGCAUAACCAUAGCAGACGAUCAGGUCCGGGGGUGAGGCAGCAACGGCUAUGGGCAGGUGACCAUACACUAGUGGCGAUGGCAGAUGAUCAGAUACUAGGGUGGGGGUACAACAGCUGUGGGCAGGCGGCAACAGGCAGGGAGUCGUACGCAUGGAUGCCCAUGCACGUGGACUGGUGUGUGGGCAAGGUGCACGCACUGGCAGCAGGGGGAGGCCACUCCGCUGUGCUCACCGCUGCUGACUCUCUGAAGCUUCUUACUGAGUUUCGGUUGGCCCAUUCUCUCGACUUCUCGCUUCGCCGCCCGGGCGGGUUGUCGGAGCGCGCGAAAAGUUUUGUCGGGCUGCCCGGGGGCAGGGAAGGCAGGGAAAGCAACAGUGGAGAGGAGGAGGAUGAGGCGGUGAUGCUGCGUCGCCAGCUGGCUCUGGCGGAACGGAUUGUAGAGGAGUCGCACCGGCUCGGGGCUGACUCGCUCGUGCGCUACUGCCUGCAGUUCUGGCUUCGAGUUACAAGUGACAUCGACCCUGAUAUGGAUGAAAAGGAGCAACCUGCAACAAGAGGACGUCGACAAUCCAUUAUGGUGGACGGUGCAGCGGAAGAGAAGAGAGAAGCGAAGGAUUCAGGAAAGGAUGUGAAGGAAGAUUCGCCGAAGAAUGUGAAGGGAGGUGCGGCGGCGGAGGAGGGAGAGGCGGUUGGACAAGUCAACGGUAACGAGGCGAAAGAAAACGGGAAACAGAACGGCGAUGCUGCCGCUACUGCUCCGAAGAAGCAGGAGCCCUUGUCCUUGGAAGAGCUGUUAAAGAAGAGGAAAGAGGACGCCUUGCAACAGGCCAAGCCUGUGUUUCUCACCAAGGAGCAGCGGCAGGCUCUGGCGCUGCAGAAGCGCAAGGCAGAGGCAACGGCUCAGAUGAGGAACACAAAGGCUCUCUUGUCCACCCUUUCACCCUCUGUAUUUUCGGCAGAUGAGAAUGAGGAGGAUGGUGCUGCGGAUGGCAAGGAGGGGGAGAAGGCUGCGAAUGCGGAUGGGGAGGAGGGGAAGAGGGACGGGGGACGAGGCAGAGAGAGUGACCGAGGAAGGGAGGAGAAGGAGAGGGAUGGCGAACGGGACAGGGAGAGGGGCAGGGAUAGGGACAGGGAUAGGGAUAGGGAAGGGGACAGGGAUAGGGAGAGGGAGAGGGACCGGGAUCGGGAUCGGGAUAGAGAUAGGGACAGGGACAGGGACAGGGAUAGGGAGAGGGAUCGGGAUUGGGAUAGGGAUAGGGAUCGGGAUAGGGACCGUGACAGAGAAAGAUACAGAGAGAGGGACAGGGAUAGAGACAGAGACAGGGACAGGGACAGAGAUAGGGAUAGGGAUAGGGAUAGUUACAGGGACAGAGACAGGGACAGGGACCGGGACCGAGACAGAGACAGAGAUAGGGACAGGGAGAGGGAGAGGGGCAGGGAGCGAGAGUGGGAUAGGGACAAGGGGAGGGAUGGCGAGAAGGAGAAGGAGAAGGGGAAGGGCGAGGAGGGAGGUGCUGGGACUGGAGGAGCAGGCACGGAUAGGGAGAGGGAGCUUGAGAUGAUUCGAGAGCAGUACCUGGGACUGCGCAAGCCCAAGAAGCGAGUGAUCAAGCCCAGUGAGAAGUUCCGAUUCUCCUUUGACUGGGAGAACACCGAGGAUACGUCACGCGACCUCAACCCACUCUACCAGAACCCUCACGAGGCACAGCUUCUGUUUGGACGAGGUUUCAGGGCGGGCGUGGACAGGAGGGAGCAGAAAAAGCUUGCAGCGAAGAAUGAAGCAGACAUGCGCGCAGCCAUUCGGGAGAAGGAGGGUGUGGAGGAGCGGCCAGAGGAUGCGGAGGCACAGCAGAAGAGGGAGGAGGCUGCAAAUGCCUAUGACACGUUUGAUAUGCGCGUUGACCGGCAUUGGUCUGAAAAGAAGCUGAGCGAGAUGACUGAGCGUGACUGGCGCAUAUUCCGAGAAGAUUUCAACAUUGCUUACAAGGGCUCCAAGGUGCCUCGUCCCAUGCGCAACUGGGAGGAGAGCGGGCUGUCACCCGAGCUGCUGCGGGCCGUGAAGGAGAUCGGCUACACCAAGCCAUCGCCCAUUCAGAUGGCCGCCCUGCCCAUUGGGCUGCAGCAGCGAGACGUGAUUGGCAUCGCUGAGACUGGCUCUGGCAAGACAUGUGCCUUCGUGCUGCCCAUGCUGACGUACAUCUCAAAGCUGCCGCCCAUGACCGAGGCCAACGAGGCGGAGGGUCCCUACGCUGUGGUGAUGGCGCCCACCAGAGAGCUGGCACAGCAGAUCGAAGAGGAAACGGUCAAGUUCGCCCAGUUCAUGAAUCUCCGGGUUGUGUCGAUCGUGGGAGGCCAGUCAAUCGAAGAGCAAGGCUUCAAGCUGCGCCAGGGCUGUGAGAUCGUGAUCGCCACGCCAGGGCGACUGCUUGACUGCUUGGAGCGGCGCUAUGCCGUGCUGAACCAGUGCAACUACGUGGUGUUGGAUGAGGCUGACCGCAUGAUCGACAUGGGCUUCGAGCCGCAGGUCACAGGAGUGCUAGAGGCCAUGAACACGUCGUUCCUCAAGCCAGACAGCGAGGAUGCAGAGCUGGACGCCUCCCGCAUCUACCGCGUGACCUACAUGUUCUCCGCCACCAUGCCUCCCAGCGUCGAACGGCUGGCGCGCAAAUACCUCCGCAACCCGGUCGUGGUGACCAUUGGUACGGCAGGCAAGGCCACAGAUCUCAUCACGCAGAACGUGUUCAUGGUGAAGGACUCGGAAAAGAUCUCCCGCCUGCAGCGCAUCCUGGAGGGCGUUGGGGAGGACCGCACUGUCAUUGUGUUUGUCAAUACCAAGAAGACGGCUGAUGGUGUUGCCAAGCAGAUCGACAGGAUGGGGUUCAACGUGACAACGCUGCACGGAGGCAAGACGCAGGAGCAGCGAGAGGUCAGCCUGGAGGGCUUCCGCACCAAGAAGUUCAACGUGCUGGUUGCAACAGACGUGGCAGGGCGUGGUAUCGAUAUUCCGGACGUGGCACAUGUCAUCAAUUUCGACAUGCCAGGCAACAUUGAGAUGUACACUCAUCGCAUCGGGCGUACGGGGCGUGCGGGCAAGACAGGAGUGGCCACCACUUUCCUUACACUGCAUGACUCGGACCUCUUCUACGAUCUCAAGCAGAUGCUUACCCAGAGUGGCUGUGCCGUACCCCCUGAGCUUGCCCGGCAUGAAGCAGCCAAAUUCAAACCAGGUUCCAUCCCUGACAGGCCCCGCCGCAACGAGCAGCUUUUCACACAUUGA